AUGAAUCCACACGCCAACACGGUGGAGAGCAAAGUUACGAGUAUCAUAGAGAAUCACGCCAUAAACGAAUCCGUCCGAGCUCGCCUUACCAAAGCCAAAUUGGCCGACCAGCUAGCGGGCUGGUAUCCCUUCGCAACUUGUGAUACUAUGACAGCCCUUACAUCCUUUCAGGUCUGGAUGUUCAUCAUCGACGACCUCCUCGAUCAAUACUCCUUACCUCAAAGAUUUGACUAUGCGGCUUUGCAGAUUCUACUUGCCGACUGUCGCAAAUUCAUUAAACAGAGUCUGGGACUCUCUCAGAAGGGUGAUAAUAAUGGAUACGAGUAUCGCGAUCACGAUGCUGUCACGUCUUUCAAGGAGUAUGCGGGCGCCGUCAUGAAGACAUUUGGCGACAACCAUGCCUACCGCUCGCGAAUCGCGCGAGAGGCUAUCGCUACUCUUGACGGUUACCAUCAUGAGGCUAUGAAUCGACAUCAAGGUCGGGUACCAUCCCUCGAGGAGUAUCUAGGUUAUCGGGCGGCAUCAUCUUGCAUAAUGCAGGUGGUUGUCAAUUUCGAAUUCGCCAACAACGUCCACAUGGCAGAAGAGGUUAUGAAAACGCCAGAAAUGUGUCGACUGUAUGAGUCUGCUGUGGCUAUCUGCUUCAUCUUAAACGAUAUUGUCAGCCUCCGAAAAGAGGUGAAAGAAGGAUUUGUCGAGAACCUUGUGGUUCUUCUAGCUGAUGGUGACGUGCAAAGAGGGGUUGAUGGUGCCGCGGCUCGCAUGCAGCUGGAGGUGUACGCCCUUGAUGAUGCUGCCGAAAAGGCUACUCGACGGUUCAAAGGCACACCUCAUGAGAAAGACAUCGAAGUCCUCGUCAACAACUGCAAAAACAUGUGCAGAACUAGUUGGCUCUGGAGUGUGCGGACUCCGAGGUACUGCCUUGCUGAUAUCACCCCGGAUGCUGAAGGAGGUUGGGUCUUUGUAGUUGACGCAGUGGCGUGA